ACUCACCAAUCCCAAGUCAUUGACCUGACCAGAGAGAAGAGUGUGAAUGAAUUUUAAGUUUGAACUUCGAAGUUGUUCCUCGUUGACAUAAAUUGUAAUCUAGCGUUCCAAAUCACGGUGCUUAGUUGUUGUCCGUUCCCUCCAAAACCCAAUCGGCGAAUGUAACCCUUCACCGGAAACCCAGAUGUACUCGAGCAAUUUGACCGGGUUCCUCUUGGCCGUCGUCUCCGGCGCUUUCAUCGGCUCCAGCUUCAUCAUCAAGAAAAAGGGUCUCCAACGCGCCAGCGUCAACGGCUCUCGUGCUAGCGUUGGAGGCUAUGGUUAUCUCCGACAGCCUCUUUGGUGGCUCGGAAUGGUUACCAUGAUUGUUGGAGAGAUAGCGAAUUUCGUAGCAUAUAUUUAUGCCCCUGCUGUGCUUGUCACGCCACUUGGUGCUUUGAGUAUUAUUGUUAGUGCUGUUUUGGCACAUUUCGUAUUGAAGGAGAAGCUGGGGAAAAUGGGCAUGCUUGGGUGUCUUUUGUGCAUCGUGGGAUCUACUAUGAUUGUACUCCAUGCACCUCAAGAAAAGUCUCUUAGUUCUGUACAAGAAAUUUGGCAAUUGGCUGUUCAACCAGCUUUCCUCUUGUACACAGCCUCAGCAAUGGCUGUAGCAUUGUUUUUGAUUUUGUAUUGUGUUCCUCGCUAUGGGCAAACUAACAUUUUCGUUUAUGUCGGAAUAUGCUCCAUAAUUGGAUCCUUGACUGUCAUGAGCAUAAAAGCAAUUGGCAUUGCUAUAAAACUUACAUUAGAGGGUUCAAACCAGUUUUUCUACUUGCAGACAUGGAUUUUUACAAUGGUUGCAAUUUCCUGCAUCGUUACUCAAUUAAAUUACCUUAAUAUGGCAUUGGAUACUUUUAACACAGCAGUUGUUUCUCCGAUCUAUUAUGCCUUGUUCACAUCUUUUACAAUAUUAGCUAGCGCGAUCAUGUUUAAGGAUUAUGCUGGUCAAAGUGUAAGCAGUAUUGCAUCAGAGUUAUGUGGUCUAAUCACUGUUUUAUCUGGAACAACUGUAUUGCACAGUACAAGAGAGCCAGAUCCUCCAGUCAAUACAGAUUUAUUUAGUCCCUUGUCUCCAAAAGUAUCAUGGUAUAUCCAAGGCAAUGGCGAACCUCGGAAACAGGAGGAGGAGGAUGGAUCACCCUUUAAUUUAAUUACUGUUAUCCGGCAAGACCAUUUCAAAUGAUAUCAGAAGUCUUAUGCUGGUGGAACAAGACCUUAGUUAGAUCCAUCCAUUGCUAUCCUGCCAUCUAGACAGGGCACCCUUACUUUUCUCAUUGUCACAGCUCUUCGACUUACUUACACCAAGAAACAGAAAUAUGGCAGGCUUAUUAACUUUACUCGACAGAAAUGUGGCUUGUUAUAGGGUUCAUCUCAGUGACCACAUCUAUUUGGUUUAGCUAGAGAUUCAAGAGACACUAUCGCAUUGUGCAAGCAGAGACGAGACAGUGCUUCCUUUUUUCGGUGGUUUUGUUCAUUGGUAGCAUAUGAAGUGAAAGCUUGAGUACUAUCAUCUAAAAUUCCGGGGGUGAUGCAUCUUCCAGUUUGCAUUAUUGUUAUUAUUAUUAUUAUUAUUUUGCAUUAUUUUUACCCUCUUGUUUUCCUUCCCCCCCCCCCCCCCCCCCUCCUCCCCUCUUUUGUUUCUUCCUUCUUCAACUGAUUCAGUUGAAUAAUGAAAAUCCUGGUUCUGGUUUUGGCCAGGUGGUGGGAGGUAAUCUAUGUAUAUUGAUCAGUGUAAUUUUAAUUAUUUAAUUAGAGUUUGAACCUUAUU